CUGGGCAAAUUUUCUGGUGGCCUGACCCUCCCCAGAGUGGCUUCAGUUGGGGAGCCUGGGGCAGACUGCCCUGCCUGCUCCACCUGACCCCGGAGUCCCUCGGGAUGGCAGGACUGGGACUUGGCCACGGAGACCAUUAUCUGAUGUACCUUUAGCCAGCGCGUCCUUAUCUUGACAGUGGGCAGAACACACACGUUUGUAGGUGGGCUUGCCAGAGAGGAAUGCUGGGAGAGACGGGCCCAGGGCAGGAGGCUCCAGGAAACAGAGUGAAGACACUGGCCCUGGCAGCUGGGUCUAAGAGAGCUGCAGCCCAGGGGCACAGACCUGUGGGCCCCAUGGCUGGGAAGGUGGCAGAGGAGAGAGGGCUGCCGAAAGGGACCGCUGCCCAGGAUGCCUCGGGCCUCCAGGAUAAAUUGUUCUCCUCUGAAACUGACAACAGCCUGUACUUCACCUACAGUGGCCAGCCCAACACCCUGGAAGUCAGAGACCUCAACUACCAGGUGGACCUGGCUUCUCAGGUCCCUUGGUUUGAGCACCUGGCUCAGUUCAAGAUGCCCUGGACAUCUGCCAGCCGCCGGAAUUCUUGUGAGCUAGGCAUCCAAAACCUAAGCUUCAAAGUCAGAAGUGGGCAGAUGCUGGCCAUCAUAGGGAGCUCAGGUUGUGGGAGAGCCUCGUUGCUGGACGUGAUCACCAGCCGAGGUCACGGUGGCAAGAUCAAGUCAGGCCAGAUCUGGAUCAACGGGCAGCCCAGCUCGCCUCAGCUAGUGAGGAAGUGCGUGGCCCACGUGCGCCAGCACGACCAGCUGCUCCCCAACCUGACUGUGCGAGAGACCCUGGCCUUCAUUGCCCAGAUGCGGCUGCCCAGAACCUUCUCCCAGGCCCAGCGUGACAAAAGGGUGGAGGAUGUGAUCGCGGAGCUGCGGCUUCGGCAGUGCGCUGACACCCGGGUGGGCAACACGUAUGUGCGAGGGGUGUCGGGGGGCGAGCGCAGGAGAGUCAGCAUUGGGGUGCAGCUCCUGUGGAACCCAGGAAUCCUCAUUCUCGACGAACCCACCUCUGGGCUUGACAGCUUCACGGCCCACAACCUGGUGAAGACCUUGUCCAGACUGGCCAAAGGCAACCGGCUGGUGCUCAUCUCCCUCCACCAGCCUCGCUCCGACAUCUUCAGGCUGUUUGAUCUGGUCCUCCUGAUGACGUCUGGUACCCCCAUCUACUUAGGGGCAGCCCAGCACAUGGUCCAGUAUUUCACAGCCAUUGGCUACCCCUGUCCUCGCUACAGCAACCCCGCUGACUUCUAUGUGGACCUGACCGGCAUUGACAGGCGCAGCAGAGAGCAGGAAGUGGCCACCAGGGAGAAGGCUCAGUCACUUGCAGCCCUGUUUCUAGAAAAAGUGCGUGACUUAGAUGACUUCCUGUGGAAAGCAGAGACGAAGGAUCUUGAUGAGGACACCUGUGUGGAAAGCCUGACCCCACUAGACACCAACGGCCUCUUGAUUCCUACGAAGAUGCCCGGGGCGGUGCAGCAGUUUACCACGCUGAUCCGUCGUCAGAUUUCCAACGACUUCCGAGACCUGCCCACCCUCCUCAUUCACGGGGCAGAGGCCUGUCUGAUGUCGCUGACCAUCGGUUUCCUCUAUUUUGGCCACGGGAGCAUCCAGCUCUCCUUCACGGAUACAGCCGCCCUCUUGUUCAUGAUCGGCGCUCUCAUCCCUUUCAAUGUCAUUCUGGAUGUCAUCUCCAAAUGUUACUCGGAGAGGGCAAUGCUUUACUAUGAACUGGAAGACGGGCUGUACACCACUAGUCCAUAUUUCUUUGCCAAGAUCCUCGGCGAGCUUCCGGAGCACUGUGCCUACAUCAUCAUCUAUGGGAUGCCCACCUACUGGCUGGCCAACCUGAGGCCGGGCCUCCAGCCCUUCCUGCUGCACUUCCUGCUGGUGUGGCUGGUGGUCUUCUGUUGCAGGAUUAUGGCCCUGGCCACCGCGGCCCUGCUCCCCACCUUCCACAUGGCCUCCUUCCUCAGCAACGCCCUCUACAACUCCUUCUACCUCACCGGGGGCUUCAUGAUAAACUUGAGCAGCCUGUGGACAGUGCCCGCGUGGAUUUCCAAAGUGUCCUUCCUGCGGUGGUGUUUUGAAGGGCUGAUGAAGAUUCAGUUCAGCGGAAGAAAUUAUAAAAUGCCUCUCGGGAACUUCACCAUCGCGGUCUCAGGAGAUAAAAUCCUCAGUGCCAUGGAGCUGAACUCGUACCCUCUCUACGCCAUCUACCUCAUCGUCAUUGGCCUCAGCGGUGGCUUCAUGGUCCUGUACUACGUGUCCUUAAGGUUCAUCAAACAGAAACCAAGUCAAGACUGGUGAUUCACGCCAGGCGCCUGCCCGCUGGUGGGGGACCUGAGCAGACCCUUCAACUGCACUCCCUCCUCAGGACCCCCUUCCUGGGGACCUUGAAGACAAUGACCCUACAGAUGCUCAGCUGCAUCCGGCCCACGGUGCUGCAGUGGCACAGACCAGCCACAGGAUGGCAGUAGAAUAAAGACAGUCGAAAGGGAUUUCUGCUCACUGGCAGGAGACUGCGAUGACUGGGAGUGAGAAAACCUGCACUCGGUGGCACCUACAACGUUGCUAAUUUAUUUCCUUUUGAUAUGCAUUUAUAUAGGCAACUUGAUAUAGGAUGGGAGCAAACUAGGAAUGAAUUGAGUAGCUAGACUGUGCAGGAAUUGUGGGAACCCGGAGGGAACAGUAUCAGUAGCUAGCAAAUGUGGCUUCAUCUUCCAGAGGCCCCAUACUCCGUGGUGAGCCACCAUAAAUACAGAAAGUGACCUAAGAUGUGCCAGCAAGAUGCCAUCCCUUCUUUUUUUGUGGGGUCAUGGGCUCCAAAAGCCAACGUGAACAAUUAAAAAUUUAUUGAGCAUCUACUCUGUGGCAGGUCCUGUGCAAAAACACUUUAGGUGGACAAUCCUUUGAGGUAAGUGGUAUCCCAUUUAAUAGGGGUGAAAACUGAAGCAAAAAUUCAUUUUCCUAAGGGCACAUGGAUACUUUGUGGUGGAGUCAUGUGGGGGUCAGAAAAGCCUUGGAGGCCUUUGGAGUUAGAGGGCAGAAGGCAAGGCCUGAGCUGCUGUAAGGCUUAGGAGUUCAGGAAGGCUCCAGAAGAUACAUGGGGUCUGUAGAGGCUGUGUUAACUCGGCCAGGCUUGUUAGAGUUGCAUUUCACUGAUUGAUAUGGUUUGGCUCUGCGUCCUCACCCAAAUCUCACCUUGAAUUGUAAUAAUCCCCACGUGUCAAGGGCGGGACCAGAUGGAGAUCAUUGAAUCAUAGGAGUGGUUUCUCCAAUGCUGUUCUCCUGAGAGUGAGUUCUCCUGAGAUCUGAUGGUUUUAUAAGGGGCUUCCCUCUUCGCUCAGCUCUCAUUCUCUCUCUUGCUACCCUGUGAGGAGGUGCCUCCCACCAUGACUGUUAAGUUUCCUGAGCCCACCCCAGCCAUGCUGAACUGUGAGUCAAUUAUACCUCUUUUCUUUAUAAAUUACCCAGUCUUGGGUAUUUCUUCAUAGCAGUGUGAGAGCAGAUGAAUACACUGACCCUGCCUGGGUUUCAGGGCCAGCCUUGAACCUUUCACAGUGGCCAGAGGAUGGGAUGGCAGAGGCCCAGGUUGCACACUUCAUGCCUGAGUGUUGGGGACUAUCUGACUCAAAACAGGUGCACAGAGGGCAGGAGAGAA